GGCAGCAGCAGGACCCGGCCCCGGCCCCGCCGCCGGUGCUCGGCCAUGUGGCGGGCGCCCAGCUCCGCGCUGCGGGUGGCCCUGCCGCUGCUGGGCGCCGCCGUCUCGCUGUGCGCAGAAAUAGGUCAGCUGGGAUUUACGGGCACUGCCCGGCGCGGAGCUGGUCCCGGCCGGCCGUUGCGGUUCCACACCCGUUGGGGUUUAUCGGCGACCCCGGCAGAUCCCGGCGGGGGUUCGGCCCGCACCCCCCGCUCGCAGGCAGCCGCUCGGGCCGAGCCGGGCGGUCGUGGCGGGGCCCCUCGCACCGCGGGGGGGGCCCAGGCUCGGAGCUGGGGGCUGCGGGUUCUUCUCCCGCACGGCAGGUGGUACGAAACGCUCGUUCUCCUCCAUCUCUUCUCUACGAACUAAACCUGUGCUUUCAAAUAACACUCCGUGAACCAGCGGCUAUCUUUAAGGUGAAGUAAGGCGCUGUACACUAGAUCAGUUUAACAUUUUUCUAUUAGGUUUACUCCAAUCUACUGUUCUCUGGGUGUUUUCACCGCAGGAGUUUCUCGGUGUGAUGCUCGUUACGCUCUCGCAGCGAGGGGUGGGCACAGCCCCAAGCUGAAAGGAAGGACUGUGCCCACUCCCACGGCAAAGUGCUCCUGCAAUCCCUCCUGUUGGAGAAGGAGGAGUAGCAGAGCUCAGCUGUUGAUGCUCGGAGCACUUCUGUAUAGUAUCGUACAUCUGGUAAAUCCUUGUUACCUUCAAGGGGGGGAAAACCUGAUUUCUCUGAGCUCUUCUCCUUGUUUGUCUAGGUUUUGCUAUUUAAGUUUGGAAGCGAACCACAGAAAUAGGCAACCCCGUGCUACUCUCCUUUUCCUCGGUAUGCUUGAACUGAAGCAUCACCCACGCUGUGGCUAUUACCAGUUCUCUCUGGAGACCGAUACACCAACUCACGUCAUCGGCUUUGAUUUGCAUUUAUGUAAAACAGUCUUGCGUUGCUUUGUUCUCUUAAGUUGCAAUAGCAUUGUCCUCUCUUUUUCUUACCCCGUCAGCUCUCUUUUCAGAGCCUGGAUCAGGAACGGUGUGCGUGCGUAUGGUCCAGGGUGAGCACACGUCCUCUUCACCCUUGCGGCUCUUUAGAGGGGGCACCAAGGGGAGUUGCACGUACCUAGAAAGGGUCUUCAGGUCUCGAUUGCUGUUUAGUGUCAAGUAUUUAGCUGUGCGACUGCCUAAUCAACGCUACAUCUGUCAUACUCCACCACAAACCUGUCCGAUCAAGAUACACGACUAAGCAUGCUCUGGUAAACUUUCCCCCCCCGUUCUCUCUCACGCGAGUUUGAAGAUGCUGUGCUGGGCAGUGGAGGUCUCCUGAGGAACUUCUGUUGUGCCUCAGUAUUCAGGAAUAUUGAUAGGAUUAAGAGGAAAAGUAUUUUGCUGCCCACGUGGUGAACAGUCCUACUGUUUCCUAUCUGUUCUCCUCACGUGGGCUUCUCAAAAUUGCUUCUCCCCCCGCCCCGGCCCCACCACCUUUGUUCUAUGUCACCUUCGUCUGUGUUGAAUUAAAAGCUUUGCAUACUCUUCCAUACUCUUCACGGCGUUACUUCAGGGGAGCAAAGAGUACUGUGCACGUUUCUAAAGAAACAGGAGCCGAGGGUGUGGACUGCAGUAAGGAAACGUGUUGCUGUACGUGAUGGUGGCACGCGAGCCUCUCGUAGCGCUCACCGCUGAAUUGUGCUUUGUAUUUCUUAAGAGAGCCUUUAGACGCAUUCUAAGUUUGUGAGAGUUUGUUUCCCACUUAAACGCAUUUUAAUCCUCCAAAAAGCAGCCCACAGAAGCCCUAAGUUCUCUCUGAUGCGCGGCAAAGAUGCCUGCCUGUACGGUAAAACAAGGCGCGGUGAGGUGGCAUGUGUGGAUCUCCACCGUAACGGGGGGAGUACCGCUGGCUCGUGUAGUGAGGGCAGAGUGGAGAGCACACACACGAGCAGCCGCCGCUCACAGCCAGGUAUAACAUAAACUUUCUGUUCAAAAAUGAGAAGAAAAAUAGAUUGCUAUUGAAAACUGCUGCAUCAGGAAAAAUGCAUGAAAAUAGCAUAAAACUGGACUCUUGCUGUGUCUGAAGUGCGUGUGCCAGCUGUGCGAGCACACCAACUUCACCUGCCAGACCGAGGGCGCCUGCUGGGCUUCUGUCAUGCUGACCAACGGGCGGGAGGAGGUGAUCAAGUCCUGCGUCUCCCUCCCGGAGCUGAACGCGCAGGUCUUCUGCCACAGCUCCAAGAACAUCACAAAGACCGAGUGCUGCUACACUGACUUCUGCAACAACAUCACUCUCCGCCUGCCCAUCGCGUCGGAGUCAUCCAGCAAAGCCAGUGCAGGACCCGUGGUGCUGGCGGUGACGGUGGCGGUGCCGGUCUGCAUCCUGUCCCUUGCGGCGGUGCUGGCGGCAUGCACCUGCCAGGCCCGGCGCUGUGCCCGCCGCAGGGCGAAGCAACCCAACGUGGAGGAGCCCCUCUCCGAGUGCAACCUGGUGAACUCCGGGAAGACGCUGAAGGAUCUCAUCUACGACAUGACGACCUCCGGCUCUGGCUCUGGUUUACCUCUGCUUGUGCAAAGAACAAUCGCGAGGACUAUUGUCCUGCAGGAAAUUGUAGGAAAAGGCCGAUUUGGCGAAGUCUGGCGGGGAAAAUGGUGCGGGGAAGAUGUAGCUGUGAAAAUCUUCUCCUCCAGAGACGAGCGGUCCUGGUUUCGGGAGGCAGAAAUUUAUCAGACCGUCAUGCUGAGACACGAAAACAUCCUGGGCUUUAUUGCUGCCGACAACAAGGAUAACGGGACGUGGACGCAGCUGUGGCUCGUCUCAGAGUACCACGAGCAAGGCUCGCUGUUCGACUACCUGAACAGAGGCACGGUGACGGUGGAGGGCAUGGUGAAGCUGGCACUAUCGGUGGCCAGCGGCCUGGCACACCUCCACAUGGAGAUCGUCGGCACGCAAGGCAAGCCAGCGAUCGCGCACCGAGAUCUGAAAUCUAAAAACAUCCUAGUGAAGAGGAACGAAAGCUGCGCCAUCGCGGACCUGGGCCUGGCGGUGAAGCACGACUCGGUGCUGAACACCAUCGACAUUCCCCAGAACCCCAGGGUGGGGACCAGGAGGUACAUGGCUCCUGAGAUACUUGAUGAUGUGAUGAACAUGAACAUCUUCGAGUCCUUCAAGCGUGCAGACAUGUACUCUCUUGGGCUGGUGUACUGGGAGAUCGCCCGAAGGUGCUCCGUUGGAGGGAUCACUGAGGAAUACCAGUUGCCUUACUAUGACGUUGUGCCUUCUGAUCCUUCGAUAGAAGAUAUGAGAAGGGUAGUUUGCGAGCAGAAGCUCAGACCAAAUAUUCCAAACCAGUGGCAAAGCUGUGAGGCGCUGCGAGUAAUGGGCAGGAUAAUGCGCGAGUGCUGGUACGCCAACGGUGCCGCGCGGCUGACCGCGCUGCGCGUGAAGAAGACGAUUUCACAGCUCUGUGUGCAGGAGGACUCCAAAGCCUGACGGAGAUCCCUGGGGAAUGGAUUCUUCUGCUCAUCUUUUGACAUGUGAUAUUAUUUUUAUUUUUGGUCUACCUCAGAUCACGUGGUUCAGUAUUUCGGUGCCCAACCCAGAGCACCGGCAUCCAGCUUCAUGUCUGGCCGCUGGAAGGGGCGGCUCCUGCCCCGGCGUUCGUGUUUCCUGCAGCAAGUCAAUGACUCGCUUUGGUUUUCUAAAGUAAACUAGACCCUAGGCUAAUCGCAGAACGGAGCUUCAAACGCCACGGCAGUGUAAAAAUACCUUUCGCUGUUGCGCUUGUUAUCCCAGUCAAACCCCAAGCGUGUUGGAAAUAGCUGGUAUUGGUUAAAGCCUGUUUGCGAGAGAAACCACAUGUUGUAUCCUCAAACGAAGUAAAAGACCAAACUUAAUCCAGCUUUUUACAUAUUUUUACGCAGGAAUCUGAAAAGGGACUGUCGGUAAAAUGCAUUUUUAAAUACUAUAUUUAUCAUUACCUAAGCAAAAUGCCACUAAGCAGGUAUAUUGUGAACAAAAACAUCUAGUCAGUUUUUAUUAACUUUUAUUUUUAUUGUCUUGAUUUCAUAUACAAUAUUAUAGUUAGGAUUUGGUGUUAUGUUACUCUGUUUAUUUUUUCAUUGAAUAUAUCGUUCAAGGGACAAUUUUUCUUUUUAACAGUUAGUAGGAAAAAUAAUAGAGGCAAUACUUUUCCGAUAGAUAUAUAGGGAUGGAAUGGGAGAAAUUCCACCUAAACUGAGAAAGUAUAUAUUUUUAAACAACAUCUUGCCAAUCUGUCACUGGUAACAUUUUUUUUUUUUAGUGCCUUUUGAUGUUUGAAGGGGAAGCUUUAACAAAAGUAAUUCUUGGAAAACAGUCGAAACCUGGCAGAAAGGUUUGUUUCUCGUCGCAGUGUGGCACCGCGCAGCCCUCCUCGCUGUGCCGGAGGAUUUGGGGAUGCCCACGUGACCGGGAGCCCCCGCUGCGGCAUUCAGGAGCGGGGAGCUGGCGCGGAGGCUGUGUGCUGGAGCAGUGCCCGUGACUUCAGGAGGGUACCGUGCUUUCUGCCACCCUGGCUUUUGGCACUUAAAAUUCAAGUUUCACAUGUCCCCGUGCUCAGGACUGGAUCACUGUUUGCUGUCGUCUGUGGCGGCCUAGGGACCCGUUAAAAUGUAAAUUUAAAGUGCUGAUGUCCUUGCACGAAGCCAAUGCAGCCUGUUCAGAGGUUUCGUAUGGAUUUCUGUAACAGCACCAGGUUGGUGAAAAGUGUUAACAUCUCUAAUCAUAUUUCCACAGUACUGCAUGCUGUAAAAAGCAGGGUGGUUUUUCAAAAUUCACUGACGUUCUGGCAUUUUGAGAAUUCUGUCCCACUCUGUGGUCCACACGUUUGAAUAUAGUAGUCUAAUAUUUUUAAUAGCCAAAAUUAUACCUUUCAUAAUAAUACGGUUCUUUAAAUGUUUCUAAAUCCAGGCGGACCAUGGAAAUAAAGCCCAGAAAUGUCUCCAGAGUAGCAAAGCUUUGCAAAAAUUCGAUGUAGCACACGCAGCUCUGUGGAAGUAAGCUGUUAGCUAAUUACGGUAUUUAAAAUCCAUCUUUGACGUGAAACCUCUUGAACUGGGGCUCUUGCAUGGAAGAGUGGGUUAAACUUGUACUGAGUGGGAUGGUCAGUAGUAUCAAUGCUCCAUGUUUCAGCCUGACACGCGCACUCCAGGACAUUAUGGGCUCUUUAUGGAUGCUAAUUGCGCCGUAAAUAGGCUGCAAUGCAAUUUACCUGUUUGCAUAACUUUUAGUCACUCCUGCUGUGGUAAAUAAUGAAAUCUUUGCAUGGUCUGUUAGCUGAAUGGUGAAGAAUAUUUCUACUAGGUUGCUAGUAGAUUUUUCUCCAGUGUGCUUUCUGACAUAUAAUCAAAGUCAUCUUACAGAUUUAAUUCUUAUGUGCUUCGACUGCAUAAACUACACCAGGGAGCUCAACAGCUGCGUACGUUCUAAGCUGUUUGAGAGGUAAUCGUUACAACUGUGUGAUCCAAAGUGCGAUGCUGACUUGAGCAUCAAAAGAUUUGCGAACAUAAGAUCCAGCAUUUGUUCUUGUAGAACGUAACUUGAAAAAAACCCUUAUGUUAAAAAGGACCGACCAAGAUUUAUUUUUUUUAGGUGGGAAAAGGAAACGUUUUAUCCAUUGCAGUCCGCUCUUGCUGUAUUUGCAGGAUAAGGUCUCUGCAACCAAUGGUAGCGGAGUAAAAGUAGUUUUAAAUAGUAUGCUGAUUUAGGGCUGUUUCCUCAAAAGUAUUUCAGCUGUGCAGGUGAGAUGAACUUUUCAGAAUCGCUUUAGCACUUGGGAAGGUGCCCAAAAGGAAACGGUCCGUCUUUCCAGAGCUCCCGGCGCUUACAGACCCAGGUAGCUCUUGUACGGAGAAAAAAAAAAAAAAAAUCAAAUGUCUGUGAACAACCAUAGUGUGUUAAAAUACGUACUAAAGCCAGAGCUUUAGAACAAUUAGCAACGAGGAGAGCAUUUCAAAGAGUGAAGCCUACCGAAGUGACAGAGCUGUCUUGCAGGGUGACCUGCCGGCGUGGGGUACCCGUGAGCAGCUCUGGAAACGGCUCUGCAUGUGCGCAAAUCACAGCACUGCCCACCCGUGCCGCAGUCCCAAAUCACAAAACAGAAAUAGCUGUUUAAAAGAACACUGAAAUAACCGAAGGAAAUAAUUUUAGAACAAGAAAGGGGCAUUUCAUCCCAGGUGCACCCGCCCUACGCUGACAGCAGAUGUGGUCUCCGCUGCUGUUAGCAGGAUGGCUCGUGGUUGAGCAGGUUCAGGAUUGCUCAGGGGGCAGCGGAGGGAAGAACGGUGUUUGCUGAGCGGUGUGAAGGCACCAUCUCGAUAGCAAAGUGCGUGAUGUUUGCAGCGGUCUUGAUGCAUUAAGGCUCAUUAGUGAAAACUCGAUCAGUUGUUGUACAAAAUGCAAGAUGUCCAAGGGACACCGUUAGUUUCUCUUUGGCCACUUUUGAAACACAUUCUUUUUUUUGCCUAAAACGGAGGCUUUCUUCACAGGGAGAGUGAUCAGGAUGCUCUCUAGGAAUUUUUCUUCCAUUUUAAAUUCAGUCCUAUGCACUUUUUAUCUAUAGUAUCGUUUGAAAGUAUCUAUGCCCUUGAAUUCUAUCUGAUGACUCUUCCUGUGGGUUGGAUUGCCCAGUGGAGGAAUUUGGUGUCUGUGCAGAAGCUCCUCUGGGUCAGGAACCAUGCCAGACUGAAGUCGUGCUCUGAAAUUAAAAAAAUGUGCUUUUUGGCAUAAGGCACUUUGGUGGCCUGUUCUUGGGGCAGAGCUGGGAGACGUUUAGAGGAGGUUUACGGGGUUACACGGUAGUGAACCCACGGCCAGGGACGGUGCUGCCUGCUCCUGGCUGCAGAUGCAGCGUGGGUACCGCUGCGCUGCUGGUGGCUGCUCGCGCGUUCCGUGACGCUCUCCCUGCACCGGGGACCGGUCUGAGCGCCUCGUGGCUGCUGAAAUGAAUGCGGUCCCUGCCUUCGCGAGGCCCGUGUGGCUGUUAGAGCCACAGCACGCCUGGUUUCUGUCUACACCGUGGUGUCCUGACGUGGGGCAGGAUGUGCAGGGGGAGCUCACCAGCACAAGCCUGCGUGCCUUUGCGGCUCCUCCGCGGUCUGGCCUGGGGUACGGCCUGCUCCCCUCGCUUUUCUUAGUUUAAUCUUGCUCGGACACCAGCGUGACCACCAUCAGGAACUACUUCUUAGUUGUAAAUGCCACUUGGUUACUGGCUUUUUCCUGUCUGUUUGGUCAGUCUUAGCUGGUGGUGGAUUUUUAGGCUAUGGGUUUUCAGUUUCCCUCCUGGAGUCUCUGAUAAUCACUGAUCAACCCUGGAAUUUGAAAAAGACCCUUUUGGUGCCGGGCUGGGGAGGUGUGCGGGGUGGGGGGAUGCUCUGUGUGGCCGGAGGCUGGUCUGACCCGGCUGCACCCCUCGGGCCACAGCUCCAGCCCCGGGAAUACGACACAUCUUUCCUCUGCGUACCUCAUGGCAUGAGACGUUACGGUCUGUUUGCCCGAACUUUUCAUUUAGCUCAAUAUUUUUGCACUGGUUUUCUUUUGUCUUUUGUUGUUGAGAGGUAAAUGUACGUUUUAGGAAACUAGAUUUAAAGUUAACUGAGCCAAGGGGCUGAAAUUGUUGUACUGGGCUCUCAGGCGUUUGUAAACCGUACGCUCCUUUAAAAACAAACAGACAAAACCCUCCCUUGUUUUAGUGACCUUUUCCCUCACUGUAGGUUUGUCCUGUUCCAGUUUAAGAAUGGAGGUUAUACUGAGACACCGCUUUGUGGUUUUAGGGAGGCUUAGGUCUCUUGAGAGGUUACUGAUGUUCCUGCUCAUCUUCUCUUAAAGCACAAGUUCUUCAGCUUGUAGAAAUUGUCAAGCUCAAGGAUGCUCAAGACCAGUCACCGUAUUUAGCCUUUCCUAAUUGAUGCUUCUAGUUUGGGGGAGUUAGUAGUUUUUUAAAGUCACCUAAAACUUAAUGCAUGGAAUAUGAACUGAAAGAGAAAAUUACUUAACAUUUUGUCUAGCACCUAAUUUUUCCUUGUUUCCUGAACUGCUCCCCCCCAAAAUAGCCCAUGAGAAAUUCAAACCGUAAUCUCUUUUGCACUUUGCUAUUUUUGUCGUAAUUUGCACUUAACCAAGAUCAUUCCCUCAUGGGAUCCUAUAAUGAAUCCUAUAAUAUUUUAGUCAUUGUUGUGUCACUUUUUGGGGGGGAAUGCAUUUGGGAAUUAUAAAUAAAUUUCUUUAGAAACAUGUCUAGUCCCUACAUGUGGUGGGUUGCCCUGCCUGGGGGCCAGGUGCCCCCCAGAGCCACUCUGUCACUCCCCUCCUUAACUAGACAGGGGAGAAAAGGUGUAACGGAAGGCUGGUGGGUCGAGAUAAGGACAGGGAGAGAUCACUCACUAAUUAUCCUCAUGGGCAAAACAGCGUAGAGGAAUGAGAAAUGAAAUCAACUCUUAAAACACCUCUCCCCACCCCUCCCAUCUUCCCGGGCUCAACUUCACUCCCGGCUUCAACCUUCCCCCCCCACAGGGGGACGGGGAGUGGGGGUUACGGUCAGUUCAUCUCACGGUGUUUCUGCCGCCUCUUCAUCCUCAGGGGGAGGACUCCUCUCAUCGUUCCCCUGCUCCAGCAUGGAGUCCCUCUCACGGGAGACGGUCCUUCAUGAACUGCUCCAACGUGAGUCUCUCCCACGGGGUGCAGACCUUCAGGAGCAAACUGCUCCAGCGUGGGGUCCCCCCCACGGGGUCACAAGUCCUGCCAGCAAACCUGCCCUGGCGUGGGCUCCCCUCUUCACGGGUCCACCGGUCCGGCCAGGAACUUGCUCCAGCGUGGGCUUCCCACGGGCCGCAGCCUCCUUCAGGUGCCUCCACCUGCUCCGGCGUGGGGUCCUCCACGGGCUUCAGGUGGAAUCUCUACACCCCCUCAUCCUUCCUCCAUGGGCUGCAGGGGGACAGCCUGCUUCACCAUGGCCUUCACCACGGGCUGCAGGGGGAUCUCUGCUCCGGUGCCUGGAGCUCCUCCUCCCCCUCCUUCUGCACUGGCCUUGGUGUCUGCAGAGUUUCUUACAUCUUCUCACUCCUCUCUCCGGCUGCAAAAGCUCUCUCUCUCUAAGUGUUUUUCUUCUUCUUAACUAUGUUAUCACAGAGGCGCUGAUGGGCUUGGCCUUGGCCAGCGGUGGGUCCAUCUUGGAGCCGGCUGGCAUUGGCUCUGUCAGACACAGGGGGAGCUUCUAGCAGCUUCUCACAGAAGCCACCCCUGUAGCCCCCCCGCUACCAAAACCCUGCCACGCAAACCCAAUACACUACACCAGGUCGUAACAUUGAACAGAGCGGGAUCUUCUCACAGUCCCUGUCUGCCCGGGUCUCCUGUGACCGCCGGUGGGCUCACGAUGUCCCCAGCACAUCCUUGCUAACGGGAAGGAAGUUUUUGUGUUUCUCAUUGCUGUUGAGAACGGUAUCUUACGAGCUGCCUCAGCGCGACGUGGGAAGGUUUGGCAGCGGGACUUCUGUCUGCGGCAGGUAGUGCUUCUGCAGGGCUCCCACCCGCGUGGUGGGAUUUGUCGUGAGGACGGGUGGGAAGACGCUCUGUCGCGUUGUUUGAGGUCUACAGAUACAGGUGCACGCGGGCUUUUGGUGCAGUGGUGCGUGUUGGUAAAGGUUAUGGCUCAAAAACUCCUACUGCGUUUUGGUAUCGGUGGUGUAAAGCUGUCCUUGGCCACCAGGCGCGGGUGCCACCAGCAGCAGCACCGGAGUUAGUGGUCUGCUGCCGAUGGGAGCACUGGUGCCUCGGCAGCACGCUGCCCGUCUGGGGUGCCAGGCGGGGCGGCAGGGAUCCCGCCUACGUGCUGUGGUACCCCAAUCCGUGUGCAGCUUUUAGGGAGAGGCAUCCGUGUUCUGUUUGAACGGGCAGCACAAUUCAUCAAUGUACGGGAAAAUAAGCAUUAAGAGGUACUAUAUAUUUCUACAGAAUAUAAGAAAUGUGCAAUAAAUUGUAACCAAAGGCUCUGAAUGUAUUUUUGGCAUAAAUAGACUGAAUGUAUUUUGAAUGUAGCUAUUACAUUUGUGUCUGAAUCUGCUGUGGUUUUCAGUCCCCAAAGAGAAACGUGUAGUGCUUUGUCAAUCUACAAACCAGUUUCUGACUUGUCUGUUUUUUGAAGAAGCAUUAAUAUUUUACCUGGAAGUACUGUAAUGUUUUAGAACUUAGAGUAGCAGUACAAUGCUAAAGUUCAACCUUCGUGUUGUGAAAUACCUAAUCUAGCGUACACUGCAGCAAGUUAUUUUUAAAACUACUGCUAAAGUUAUUGCUUGAUAUUGCAGCUGCCCUGGAUGUAAAUAAUUUGUUUAAAUGUUGUAUUUUGUAUGCAUAUUUUACAUAUCGGUAUACUUUCGGAAAGACGUGGCGAUUUUAAUAAAUUAAGCACACUCUG